AUGAUACAUGUAAGCUCCAUGCUUUAUGUCGUACGCGUACGUGUACCAUAGCUUGCGUAAACAGAUGCCCCACAGACCGAAGAAUGAAGCAUGGUAAAGGGCUCUUUUUGUGGCUGUUUGUGGGAUUGUGGACCUGCAAGAAUGUACAUGUACAAGGGUUCCUCCAAGGCCAAGGGAGGGUGGAGGCUGACAGACCAAAUGUCUUGUUCCUGGUGGUAGAUGAUCUAGCCCCAGUCAUUUCAAGUUAUGGAGGAAAGGCCAUUACCCCUAACAUUGACCAGCUGGCGUCACAGUCUAUCAGGUUUACCAACACUUAUGCACAGCAACCACUGUGUGCUCCAUCUCGAGUGUCAUUUCUGACAAGCCGACGCCCAGAUACCACCAAAACCUACUUCAACAAAGCAUCGUACUGGCGCACUCAUGUGGGCAACUUCACAACUCUCCCUCAGUACUUCAAGGAAGCUGGUUACUUCGCGGCUAGUUUUGGCAAAGUUUUCCACAAUGGUCAUGUUUGUGGAACAGAUAAUGAUUCUCCAUUCAGCUGGUCUGUACCGCCUUAUCAUGCACCUACAAAGCACUUUGGCUAUGAAAAGGUUUGCCCAGGCCCGGACGGGAAGCUGCAUUUCAAUCUCUUCUGCCCAGUCAACGUGUCCAGCCAGCCGAUGGGUACCUUGCCUGACAUUCAGACCACAGACCACAUCCUGGAGAUCUUCCACAACCUAUCCAGGGUCAGAGAUGCUGGCCUGUCUGGGAAGGCCACCAUGCCUCACCUUCCCUUCUUCCUGGCAAUGGGUUUCCACAAGCCCCACAUCUCCUUCAGGUAUCCCGAGGAAUUUCUGGAUUUGUACCCCUUGGAGUCUGUGGAUAUCGCUCCUAAUGCAUUCUUCUCCAGUACUCAGCCACCAGUCGCUUGGAAUCCGUUUAUGGAUAUACGAAGGAGGGAGGACAUGACAGCCCUUCAUUUACCUUUUCCAUAUGGUCCAGUGCCAGAAAAAUACCAUUUUCUAAUACGGCAGGCAUACUAUGCCUCAACCACCUACAUGGAUUAUGAACUAGGACGUGUCUUGGCUGGAUUAGAAACAGCAGGCUUUGCAAACAACACAGUCAUUAGUUUUGUCUCAGACCAUGGUUGGCAACUUGGUGAGCAUCAGGAAUGGAGCAAAUACAGCAACUAUGCCACCUCCACACAAGUCCCAUUCAUGCUUCACGUACCAGGCAUCACUGACAAGGGAAAAGGAAAUGUUAGGAAGCCCAAAUUCCCACUAAGGGACCCAUUGCAAGAACGCAGCUUAAGGUCAAGGAUCAAGGGUCAAGGCAAGACAGCCAACUUCAAUGAAGGUUUGAGCAGUGAUGCUCUGGUGGAAUUGAUCGAUCUGUUCCCAACACUGGCCAGGUUGGCCAAUCUUCCUGUACCACCACUGUGUCCUGUCAACUCAUCACUAGUAGACACAUGUGUGGAAGGGGUCAACCUCACACCUCUCAUUAGAGCAACUCUGUCCAAUUCAACGGGUAGUAGUCAUUCAAGAACGUGGAAGAAGGCAGCUUUCACACAGUUCCCCCGUCCAUCCGACACACCUCGGCCCGAUAGUGACCAACCCACAUUAGCCAACAUCACCAUCAUGGGGUACUCUAUGAUCACGGCUGAUGGCUACCACUACACAGAAUGGGUUGGAUUUGACAAUAUCACCUGCACAAUGAAUUGGAAUGAUGUCCAUGCCAGGGAGUUGUACGUACUCCAAUCAGAUCCCUUGGAAGAUAAUAAUGUUGCUGAUGUAUCGAGCAAUGGAAAGCUUGUCAAAAGACUUUCCAAUGAACUGCACGAGGGAUGGAGAUACGCUCUCCCCAAGUUGCCUUAUGACUUGCCAUUAAAAUAAGAAGACAAUAUGUCUUUAUUGAUUUGAUUUCUUACACAGUAUUGCAAUUCCAUUACUCCUUAAAGUGUAAUCUGUUUUACCGUAGUUUACUUAUUAUUGGACUUAAAAAUUGUGCUAAAAGUCUCGAAAAAAAAUUUUAAAAAGAGAAAUACUCUUUUUUUAAUUAAUAGACUUUUUUCAUGGUGCUUUUUUAUAUUCAAUUCAUACACAUGGCAGUAUUUGUACAUGCGCAUGAUUUGUGGUUAACAAAUGAUAGAGUGCUGUGCAGACUAUGAUUUUCAAAUGGAUCAGGCUAAUCCCCCAUGCCAUUACACAGAUCACAUUGUUUGUAUCUAAACAGAUUAUCUGAAUCCUUAUAAGUACAAGGUUUCCUUUUUUACUGGAAUGCGUCAUCGUUUAUAAAUCUCUCUCAUCCCAUCUUCCUAGGAUAAUUACAAUGCAUUUCACACCAUCAGGUGUGUAAUCAUCGAGUGUGCAGAUGUUCUAUACACACAUCAUUAAAGAACAACUGUUCUAGUGGUGUAAACUUGUUUGUUCUAAGAGUCCAGAAAAGUUUUUUACUCAUUGAAAACUUUAUGAGCAAAAAAAAAAAAAAGUAAUAAAUAACAACUUUUUAUAUUGCUUUUAUAUUAAUCAAUCAAUGUGAAUGGUUGGAAAUAUAUUGUCAUAUGAUCUAAGUAACAUUUUAAGCUUUAUGAAAACAGCCACGGAUAUCUUUUAUUAAAUGCUGUCACAUUUAUGCCAAAUAUUGAAUGGGAAAGAACACUUGAAAACUGUCAGUAUUUAGAAUAAAACAUUUUAUUAUUA